CGGAGAGGCGGCCAGGUGGCGCCCGCCCUGCCCUCCCGUGCCCGCCCCCCGGUCCCCGUCCCCGUCCCCGGCAGCGCUGCGCCCGCCCGCGCGCGCCCUGCACAGAGCCAUGGCCGCGCUGGGCUGGUCCAGGCUGCGCCCGCUGCUGCUGGGCACGCGGGGGGCCGGCGCCGGCCUCGGCCCGGCAGGGGCCAGGGCCAAGGCCGCGAUGCCCGCUGCCCUCUCGCAGGCCGAGGCGGCCGAGCCGCCCCCGGGAGACUCCGGCACCCCCAAACUGCGGAGCCUGCGGGAGCUGCCCGGCCCGGGACCGCUGCGCUUCCUCUAUCAGCUCUUCGUGCGCGGCUACGUGCUGAACCUGCCCAAACUCCAGGUGCUGAACAAGGCUGAGUAUGGCCCAAUGUGGCUGACUCAGGUCGGCCCUCAGGUCCACGUGAACCUGGCCAGCGCUCCGCUCGUGGAGCAGGUGAUGCGGCAGGAGGGCAAGUACCCAGUGCGAAAUGACAUGGAGCUGUGGAAGGAACAUCGCAACCUGAAUGGCCUGGCCUACGGGCCUUUCACCACGGAGGGCCACGAGUGGCACCAGCUGCGGCAAGCCCUGAACCAGCGGCUCCUGAAGCCCGGAGAGGCCGCGCUCUACACGGACGCACUGAACGAGGUCAUCGACGACUUCAUGGUGCGGCUGGGCCAGUUGCGGGUGGACAGCGCCACGGGGGACCAGGUGUCCGACGUAGCACACCAGCUCUACUAUUUUGCCCUGGAAGCCAUUUGCUACAUCCUGUUUGAGAAACGCAUGGGCUGUCUGCAGCCGUCCAUCCCCCAGGACACGGCGACCUUCAUCGACUCGGUACAGCAGAUGUUCCGCUACUCUGUCUAUUCCACCUUCCUCCCCAAGUGGACCCGCUCCGUGCUGCCCUUCUGGGACUGGUACAUAGAAGGCUGGAAUAACAUCUUUGCUUUUGGGAAGAAGCUGAUUGAUGAGAAAAUCAAGGAGAUAGCGGCCGAGCUGCAGGCCAAGGGGCCGGACGGGGUGCAGAUAUCCGGGUACCUGCACUUCCUGCUGAGUAGCAGCCUCCUCAGCCCCCGGGAGGCCAUGGGCAGCCUGCCGGAGCUGCUCCUGGCCGGGGUGGACACGACCUCCAACACGCUGACCUGGGCCCUGUACCACCUCUCCAAGGACCCCAAGCUGCAGGACGCCCUGUAUGAGGAGGUGGUGAGCGUGGUCCCCGUGGGCAGCAAGCCCCAGCACAAGGACUUUGCCCGCAUGCCCCUGCUCAAGGCGGUGCUCAAGGAGACCUUGCGCCUCUAUCCUGUGGUUCCCAUUAACUCCCGCGUCAUCACGGACAAGGACAUGGAAAUGAACGGUUUCUUGUUCCCCAAGAACACCCAGUUCGUUUUCUGCCAUUAUGUGGUCUCCCGGGAUGCGAGCACCUUCCCGGAGCCCGACAGUUUCCGGCCCCAGCGCUGGCUGAGGAACAACAGCCAGCCAGAGAACGCCGGGGUGCUGCACGCCUUCGGCUCGGUGCCCUUUGGCUUUGGGGUGCGGGCCUGCCUGGGCCGCCGGCUGGCAGAGCUGGAGAUGCAGCUGAUCCUGAGCAGGCUGAUCCAGCACUACAAGAUCGCCCUGGCCCCCGAGACCGGGGAGGUGAAGGACAUGGCCCGGAUCGUUCUGGUCCCCAAUAAGAAGGUGGGUCUGCGCUUCCUGCAGCGACAGUCCUGAGCCGCCCGCCCUCCUGGGCCCCGGGCUUCCGGGGUCUCUCACCCAGGAGGCACGGGGGCCUGCAGAAACCCAGAGGCGGCCGGUUUCCAUCCCGUGUGACUUGGUGUCCUGCCGAAGGCCCACCCCAUCAUCCUCUGGUCUCCUGGUGGAGGAGGGAGAAUAAAAGCAUUUUUGUUGACAACAGGA